ACGGGGUGCAGGAGGAGCGGGUGAAGGCCGCCGACUUGUCGGACAUCGUCCCCAACACCGAGUCGGAGACCAAAGUCAGCAUCCAGGGCAACCCCGUGUCCAUCAUCGUGGAGAAGUCCAUCGAUGGGGCCAAGCUGAAGCACCUGAUCGUGACGCCGUCGGGUUGUGGGGAGCAGAACAUGAUCGCCAUGACCCCGACGGUCAUCGCCGUCCACUACCUGGACAGCACCGAGCAGUGGGAGAACUUCGGCAUCGACCGCCGGGCGGGGGCCAUCGAGCUGAUCAAGAAAG